AUGUCGGCUUUGGAACAUACCAAGAAAACAUUCACCCUUAACACAGGGGACAAGAUCCCUGCAGUCGGUCUCGGCACCUGGCAAUCCAAACCCAACGAAGUCCGAGAGGCAGUAAAGACCGCUUUGCUUGCUGGCUACCGUCACAUUGAUACUGCUUUGGCUUACGGAAACGAACACGAAGUCGGUCAGGGAAUAAAAGAUUCCGGUAUUCCUCGCGAACAAAUCUGGAUCACAACCAAGCUCGACAACGCAUGGCACCACCGAGUUCAAGAUGGAAUAAAUUCAUCAUUGUCCUCUCUAGGUGUUGACUAUGUCGACCUUUACCUCGUCCACUGGCCCUCGUCAACGGAUCCAAAUGACGACAUGAAGCACCUCCCUGAUUGGGACUUCAUCAAGACAUGGGAGGAGAUACAGAAACUUCCUGCCACCGGCAAGGUGCGAAACAUUGGUGUGUCCAAUUUCGGCAUCAAGAAUCUAGAGCGUUUGCUCAAUGCUCCCACGACCAAGAUCGUCCCGGCAGUCAACCAGAUCGAGCUACACCCCAACAAUCCUUCCCCUAAGCUAGUGGAAUACAACGUCUCCAAAGGAAUUCACUGUACCGGAUACUCCUGCCUUGGAUCGACCAAUUCGCCUCUAUACAAAGACUCUACACUACUCAAGAUGGCCGAGAAGAAGGGAAAAACACCCCAGCAGCUUCUGCUUGCAUGGGGUGUGCAGAAGGGUUGGAGUGUCAUUCCCAAGUAUGUGAGCAAGGAGCGCAUUGAGAAGAACUUCCAGCUUGAUGAAUGGGAGCUCAGUGCGGAGGAGCUCGAAGAACUCAGCAGCCUCAAGGACCGGUUCAAGGUGUGCGGCGACGACUGGCUACCCGUGAGGGUAUUCUUUGGGGAUGACGAGUAG